AUGUCAACAGUACCUACCGGGCAACCUAUUGCACUUCCUGCUUUCGACAAUACUUUGGGGGCCCUCUACAUUGGGUCCAUUAUCGCUACAGCUCUGUAUGGUGUCAUCUGUUUGCAGACUUUCUUAUACAUCACUUCCAACCGGACUCGAUCCGACAGCUGGCGAAUGAAAUUACUUGUCUCCGUUCUUUUUCGUAGCGGACUAGAUACCGCACACCAAUGCCUCAUGUUGGCAGGAAUGUACCGUUUUCUGAUCACUGACUAUGCCAAUCCGGCUGCGCUUCCGACGGGAGGCUCGAGGAGCGGCGAAGCAUUAACUACAUACGAGGAAGGAAUCAUUGGAGUCUGCUCCAUUCUUUUGGUACAACUGUUCUUCUGUUGGCGGAUCUGGACUUUUAGUGCCUCUUCGCUGCAUACCCAUGUCCGAAUCGCAUUUAUCGCCAUCGCGGUGUCAUUGGCGCUCCUUAACUUCGCCUCAUACGUUGCUCUGUCUAUCUUUGGCUACCGGCACCGCCUCUUGACUGAAAAUACACCCGACUUUACGGCGAGUCAUUCCCAUUACUAA